AUGUCCAACCAAGACUACUAUGGCAACUCUGGCGGCGCCCCCUACGGCGGCCAGCAGCCCAACUACAACCAGCAGGGCGGCUACCCCCAGCAAGCCCAGUACUCCUCCGGUUCGCAGUACAACAACAACGGCGGCGGCUACAACCAAGACUACAACAACAACAACAACUCCGCCCCGCCCGGCCCCUACGGCCAGUCACAGCCUAGCUACGCCCAGGGUCAACAGUCCCACGACAACCGCGGCCACUCCCCCGCUCCCGGCUACAACACCGGCGCCCCCUACGGCGGCUCCCAGCCCCAGUACGACAACAACAACAAUUACAACCAGAACAACUACAACCAGCAGGGUGGUGGCUACGGCGGCCCCAACAACGGCCAGUACGGCGGCGGCCCUGGCGGUCCCGGCGGACCCGAGGACGGACCCAACGGCGAGAAGGGCCUCGGCGCCACGCUCGUCGGCGGCGGCGGUGCCGCGUUCGCCGCGCACAAGGCCGGAGCCGGCUUCCUGGGCUCCACGGGCGCUGCGAUUGCGGGCGCCAUCGGUGCCAACAUCCUGGAGCACAAGUUCAAGAAGCAUCAAGGCCGCCGUGAUUAG